UUUAAAACUAACGCUUUCCUGGCAUAACUUGCAUACGAAAAGCGGAGCGCAUCACAAAAAUUUACGAUUUAUGCCUUUAAUCAUGCAUCAUGAAUUCUUAUUUACUUCCUUACUUCAAAUCUGUUUGCAUCAAGUCAUUAGUACUACCGUAGCAAGCCUAUUGGCAGUGUUUUAAAAGUAUAUGUAGCGUAAACUGGUUGUUUGAGCAAACUUGAAAGGUUUAUCUACUUCUGAAACAAAGCUUUCAACAGAUGAAACCACAUAGAAUGCCAUUGGAUAAUGAUCGGAGUAUUCCGAGUUUGGAUAUUCCUGCAACUUUUCUUGCUAAAGCAAGACGCUGACUGCACAGCGAACAGGAAAUUAUACUCUGGAUACAAGAUCAUCCAAGCCAACGUAACAGAUGCUGAUCAACGGUGGCUAUUACGCGAACUACAUCAUUAUGGAAACGUGCGACUUUUAACCCCAACAGCCGCUCUGAGCCAUAACGUGCAUCGUUCCAAAUCCAUAUCAGCACUUGUUCCACCAGAAAACUGGCAGAAUCUUGAGGCGCUGUUGAAAGACCACGGAGUGAUCUAUGACACAGUGAUUUAUGAUUUUCAAAAAUACAUUGACGACAGCAUGACGACUUCGGUACCACGAGGAACCCGGAGGAGAAAAAAUGAACAUCUGCGUUACAAACGGGAAUUCAAGUCACAUACGUCCAAACUGAAUAAAUAUCAGACAUAUGACGAAAUUGUGAAUUACCUAAAAGCUCUCGAGAAGAAAUUUGCCGGCAUUAUUCACCUAGGAAAGCUUGGUGUGACGACUGAAAAGCGCACUUUGUAUGCGGUUCACCUAGGCCAGAGAUUUCCCAAGCGUCCUCAUAAAGGUCAUCCGAAAGCGGUAAUUGUGAUCGAUGCGGGCAUCCACGCUCGUGAGUGGAUAACCGUUUCAUCGGCGCUGUGCCUCAUUGUGCAUUUGGCCACAUAUUACGAAAGCGAUGCAUUCCUGCAGAAGUUCCACUGGAUUAUUUUACCGCUGGUCAAUGCCGAUGGAUAUGAGUAUUCAUGGAAAACCGAUCGUUUAUGGAGAAAAACCCGUUCAAAGCCUCCAAACGCAGAAAUUGCUGGGGAUCGCGAAUGUGUUGGAGUGGACCCCAACAGGAAUUGGGGAACCCACUGGGGAGAAAAAGGAGUACAAAGAUAUAACGUCUGCACUGAAGUCUAUGCUGGGCCAUAUCCGUUUUCUGAACCGGAAGUAGCGGCACUCAGCGACAUCAUCGAAUACUAUCGUGAACAUGUGGCACUUCAUAUAAGCUUACAUGCCUUCAGUCAAAUAAUUUUAUCACCAUUUGGAUAUAAAGGCGAAGCAAACGGUGACCAUAAAAAACAGGCGCUGGUAAUGAAGGCGGGUGUGGAUGCCAUAAAAGCUACUUCGGGGUUGAACUACAAAUAUGGUUCCAUUUACGAAGCAAUGUACGCAGCUAGCGGCAGCUCCAUAGAUUUCAUCUACGAAGCGCUUGGAGUUAAGGAGACGUUUGUUAUCGAACUAAGGGAUACUGGAAAGUUUGGCUUCGUCCUUCCCCAAAGAGAAAUUUUGCCCACUUGCAAGGAGUCCAUUGCGGCAAUAAUUGCCAUGGCAAAAGAAACGAGUAGAGCCGACUAACGCAUACUACUGUUUGAUGUGUAGUUAUUUUUGGGAACAGGAUUAUCCUACGGUUCCUACGUAAGGACGUUCUUCUUUCUGAAUUGGUUGGACAUGUCACAAUCUGAUGACAUCAGAUCGUAUAGUUUUGUUCGUACCCGUAUUAUACUACAGCGGCCAGGAAGCAGUAUUUUGGGUGAUUUAGAUAA